UGCCCUAAUUAUUUUAUUAACGCAUUCGUUCAACCCCACCAAUUUCUCUCCUUUCCCCCCCAAAUUUUCCUACCAAAUCCUACUAACACAAUCCCAGAAAAUCCCAUGAAAAAUGGAAGAAAACCAAAUUGAAAGGAAUAAGAAGAGCUCAAUAGUGAUAGAAAUCCCAUCAUAUAAAGAAGUUCUUGAGAACAAUCAACAAAAAUCAACCCAACCAUCUCUCUUCAUCCCAUCUCAAACCUUCACUCAAACUUUCGCUUCCAUAAAAAACUCCGAAUUCUAUACUCCACCCCCUCCUCCGAACACUUCUAAUUCUCAUUCUUUCUCCUCUUCAAAUGCUGCUUCUUCGUCUUCCGCUGCGCCCUCUUCUUCCGGGCAAAAUGCGGGUUCGACUAAUUUUGUUCAGAAGACUAAUGCUAUCAUUGUGAGCCAGAGGCAGAAAGGAAAUCCUCUGCUCAAGCACAUCAGAAAUGUAAGGUGGAAUUUCGCAGAAGUUAUUCCUGACUAUGUUCUGGGGCAGAAUUCUUGUGCUCUUUAUUUAAGUCUCCGUUAUCACUUGCUUCAUCCAGACUAUCUUUAUUUUCGCAUAAGAGAAAUGCAAAAGAACUUCAGACUUCGUGUGGUACUCUGCCAUGUUGAUGUGGAGGAUGUAGUCAAGCCUUUACUUGAAGUCACAAGAACAUGUCUGCUUCAUGAUUGCACUCUUCUCUGUGCUUGGAGCUUGGAAGAGUGUGGACGAUACCUAGAAACGAUUAAAGUCUAUGAGAACAAGCCAGCAGAUAUCAUUCAAGGACAUAUGGACUCUGAUUAUUUAUCAAGGCUGAAUCAUGCCCUUACUGCAGUUCGACAUGUUAAUAAAACUGAUGUAGUCACGCUUGGUUCCACAUUCGGGUCUCUUUCUCAUGUCAUGGAUGCUUCUAUGGAAGAUCUAGCUCGUUGUCCUGGCAUUGGCGAGCGCAAGGUAAAACGUAUGUACGACACCUUUCAUGAACCCUUCAAACGCGUUACGCCAAACCGCUCUGAAGCUCCUGUGCAGAAUGAUCCAACUCCAGCCUCCUUUGAUGGUGAACCACCAGCUGUUGAAAAGGAAACAGAAGAAACUAGCAAGCGCCAGAAAAAAGACCCAGAAGUGAUCUUAAAAUCAGCUUUGUCUGUGGCAUUUGCAAAAUAUUCAGACAAACUUAGUAAGAAAAACACUCCAUCAGAAAAGGAAAGUGGUGAAGGCUCUAUCAUCCAAAAAGAAUCAGAAGCCGAUUUACAAAUUUGAAGUCGGAAACUUUUCACGCCCAAAAUUUCUCUAGGUGACGGAGCCUUGGAAAUCCCCAAGAAUGUUUUCAUGGUAAUUUAAAAACAAAUUUUACUUCUGAGAGCAUAACCAAAUUUGUGUUUUGGAUUGUGCAGCAGGUUUCUUUUCUGGACUGAUAAUAAUAGUUCUCGUGUUCUUUUUGUGUUAGUGUUUUAGCUCGGAUUAUGUUAGUUGAUGGAAACAUGAGUUAUAGGGAAAUAGUGCAUCUUUCCAAAUGUAAAUGUAGUCUUAGAGAGUUACACUCCUAGGUACUUUGCUUUAGGUCAUUUUAGCAGAAAACAAGCUGCACGAUGCAUUUAGAGCUCAUGACAUGAUCAUAAAUUCAUAAUAGUGGCAAAUGGCAAUGACAUUUUACAUGACUCAAAUUGUAAAUGUAGCAUUUUACACAGUAUGAUUUUUUCUCCCAAUGUAAGUUGUGUAAUACUCCCUUUGCUGCUAAAUAAUACAGAAUCUCUCGCAAUUGGUUUGGGGUGGUUA